AUGCGGUCAGCCGUGCCCAAAGACUCGGAAGAGGCAAAAGCCCUCGUGGGAUCUCUACGACAGCAUGCGGAUAACAAAGUUUGCUUUGAUUGCCCGCAGAAAAAUCCGAGUUGGUGCAGUGCUACGUAUGGUAUUUUCUUAUGUAUGGAUUGUUCUGGGAGGCACCGUGGCUUGGGUGUUCAUCUCUCUUUUGUGCGCUCCGCCGAUCUUGACAGUUGGACUCCUGAGGAGGCGCUUCGGAUGGCACUCGGAGGCAAUGCGGCAGCCCGGCAGUUUUUCAAGCAACAUGGCUGUGAUGACCCCAAGACGCGCUACACAUCCCCCGCUGCGCAGAUGUACCGAAAACGGCUUGACCGACUUGUGGGGGAACGUGUUAGGGGAACGACAGAAGAGAAGCCCUCGGAGAGUGAGCGCGUUGUGACAACGGGGGUGUCCACUGAGGCAAAAAAGGAGCCUGAGGUCACGAGUGUCAGUAGCCCAGUUGCUCAGCCUUCCGUAAUAAAUCUACCAUCCAAAACGGGAAAGAAACUUGGUACAAGCAAGAAGAAGGGAUUCGGUGGGGCCCAGAAAGUGGAAGAGGGGACCAUCAAGGAGACUUCAGAUCCGGUUCCAGAGACCCUGCUUCACGAUGAUGUGAAAUCGGAGGAAGUACAUAGGCCGGAGACUGACCCUGUCGGUGGAACAACUCACUCCGUGAGUCCAGGAGAUCGUUUCCGUGGGUUGGGGAACCCUGCAUUCCAGACAGAAAAACUGGAUUCUACUCCUUCUGCGAACAACGGACCCGACUACUCUGGUGUGGGAUCACAGUCAUAUCAGCCGCAGCAGGCGAUUCGCUCAGAUUCUGGCAUUACUGGUGGUAAUAGUGGUAGUGGAUACAGCACUAGCUUACAAGAGACCUUGUGGCAGGUGUCCGAAGCUUGGGAUUCCUUGAAAGAGACAGCCAAUCGUUCCCGUGAAGAAUGGGGAAACAAAGUCAAGGAGUUCUUGGAUGACCUUUAA